UCCACCCAGGGUCAGGCCAGGGUGGAGCUGUCAGACUAUUCACACCUCACAGCCCAGGGCUGGCAGGCUAGACACACCAGCAGCAGGCAGCUCUUUAUUCAGAGAGAGACUCCUCUGUGGAGGAGCAGAGCUCUCUGACUGCUUCGCGGUUGUGCAUCUCCAUGGAAGGCUGAAGGCUUGGGCCUGUGCAGACCCCGACGUGAACGUGUAUCAAUAACAAGGUGCCGCCAUUGGCCACAUCUCUCCCUUUUUUGUUUUGUUCUUUUUUAAUUCCCCUUCCGCGUUCUUCUGUUCACCCAAGAGGCGUGUGGGGAAGAGACUUGGCUGAGGAUCUAGGGACCUCGACAGUGUGCUAAGUUGCCAGGUGUACAGGCCGGAGGAGGUGAGGGAGAACGGGGGACCCACCCUGACCGCCAACUGGCAGAGCCCUGGGUUUUGCAGGGGGACCCCGACUGCACCCACACGGGCUGGUAUCCCACCUCCUUUGCCUGCUCCCGGCCGCCAGGAACAGGAGCGUCGUGCAGACCUCGCGCGUGGUGAGGGGCAGCUGUUCGGAGCCCGGCUCAGGAGCAUGAUCCUCCCCGCAGACAGCAUGAGCGCCGUGCAGUACCGGAGGAGCCCACCGCGCGCCGGCUGGGCGGCUGCAGGCUCAGUCCAGAGUAAGGUGCUGCCCAAGAUGAGCUCCUCAUCGCUGCUGGAGGACAGCUCCAUAGAGCCCCCGGUGCUGCUGACUGACAUAAAGACGGAGCCUCCUGAAGAGUUGCUGGCCAGCGACUGCAACCAGCCCCAGGCCGAGCCCGUGGACCUGUCACUCAACAAGCCCAAGGUGUCUCUUCAGUCCUCCACCCUGCUGCCCUCCUCCAUCAGGUCCUCGCCCAUGCUGGUGGCGCCACCCAUCCAGGCCCCUGUGGUCUCCAUGUCACCCACGGGGCUGGGCUCUUCGUCCGCCAUCCCCGCUGUGCUGUCCCCUGGCUCCAUCCUGGCCUCCACGCAGGGCAGCGGGGGCCAGCAGAUCCUGCACGUCAUCCACACAAUCCCCUCGGUCAACCUGCCCAGCAAGAUGGGCAAUCUACAGACCAUCCCAGUGGUGGUGCAGUCCCUGCCCGUGGUCUACACCACCAUGCCCACAGACGGGGUCACCGCCGCCAUCACCGUGCCCCUCAUCGGCGGUGAUGGCAAGAACGCCGGAUCUGUGAAAAUUGACCCCAGCUCCAUGUACCCCCUGGAGAUGAACAGCGACAGCGAGGACAGCGUCACGGAGAGCAGCUCAGCCCCCUUCCAGGACCUGCAGAGAGAGUCGCGGUCGCCUGUGGCCCGGAUGCAGCGGGCCGAGUCCCCCGACUUGAAGAAGAGGCGGAUUCACCAGUGUGACUUCGAGGGCUGCAACAAGGUGUACACGAAAAGCUCCCACCUCAAAGCACACAGGAGGAUACAUACAGGAGAGAAGCCAUACAAAUGCACCUGGGAAGGCUGCACCUGGAAGUUUGCCCGCUCUGACGAGCUCACCCGGCAUUUCCGCAAGCACACAGGCAUCAAGCCCUUCCGCUGCUCGGACUGUGACCGCAGCUUCUCGCGCUCGGACCACCUGGCCCUGCACCGCCGGCGGCACAUCAUGAUGUAAGGGGAGGGCCUCCGGCUCCUCCACCGCCCCCCGCCUGCCCACCCCCGCCUCACCAGCCACAGCGGAGAGACUGCGAGACGGGAGGCACCGUCCCCAGCUUGAUUCAGCCUGGCAGCAGGCUGGAUGCCAGCUUGGCACCUGUGGCUGCCCACACCUGAGAAAGCAGACCUCCUACCACACACAUGAGAGCUAGAAUGAGGCUCUGGAGAGAUGCCCUGCUCCUUCUCUUCUGUUCUCCUCCCCUUCCUUCAGUGGCUGGAAAGCCCCAGGAUUCCUCGAAAUGGCACCCAGCUCUUCAUCUGGCUUUGAUUUUUUUUUUGCACAUUGCCUUCCCCUCCUGGGUCAGGAAACACAGUGGGUGUCCGGCACAUGUGUGCACAGCCCCAGCACGACCCUGGCCUUGGGCAGUGAAUCAGACUGGCCGGACGGCGUCGCUGCGGGCAGAAGGCUGCUGCUGGGGGUUGGACUGGGGGUUUGGCUCACGGCUAGGGGCUGGCCGUCUCCUACCAACGGGCUGAUGCAAUAGGACUCCAUUACUGUGAAGCUGGCACUGCCGCCUCUCCUGUUCCACGACACAUCAAAUGUGGCUUGUCCUAGCUGAUCCCUUGCACUCCCUGAGGUACUGCUGGCAUUGGAGAGCCCGCCUGGCCUUGGCUUGAUCUCUCUCUUUCAUGAGCACAUGGGUCGUUAGCGAAGAGGCCUCAUUACUUGAGGACAAGGGGCUCGUGGUGUUACCUGAGGAGGGAGGGCCCGAGGAACAAAGAAAAGGGAAAACUUUGCGGAACACGGAACUGUGAUGAUUUUAUCUGAUUUUAGGGGGGGGUGGGUUGGGGACCCUGAAUUCUGCCCACGCUGCAGGGCCAAGGAAUAGGACAGUAGAUAUGUUUCUAACUUAAACCUAGCAGCCUGGACACGGACUGUUGCAUUUUUCUAUUGCUCGUCUGGCCUGCAGAGGCUGAGCCGGCCCCGUGCUGUGGGUGGACUCAUGGGGCUCUGUACUGGAUCAUUUUGGACUUGAUUUUGGGGGGGCUGUGGGGCUGGAAGUACACACGUCCGUGCACAGUUGAUAUAUAUAUAUAUUUUUUUUUAAGAAUUGCUUUUCCCCUUCCCUUCUGCAGGGGCGGAGCUAAGAACCUGCUGCUUUUCCAGAUGCGCCUUUUUGUGUCUGCAUCUUUCUCUCUGGUGGAUUUGAGUUUGGCAAAUGCAAGGAUGGAGUGCGCCUGCCAGACAGCCUCUGUGCUGCCCACGGGAGAGGGGGCGAGUACAGUGGCUGGAAUUGGUGGGGGGAGGGAGACGGGAAGGAGAAGAUCGUCAAGAUGAGGCAAACUGGAUCCUCGUUCUACCACCAGCCUGGGCUAGGGAUCUGGUGUUCCAGCUAAAGCCAAGAAUCUGCCAGCAAUCCUGGUAUUGACAUGAUGUAUAUGCUGAAGGGGAGAGACUGGGGAGUCCCAUUAAAUGUUUGGUGCUGCGUGUGGCUCUGCUUAUCACAUUGUUUCCCCUUUGCUCCCCAGUCCAGCUCAGCGCUGAGUUCAUGUAGGCCCCGCAACUGCAUUUCACUGGGCAGAUUCUCUUUCUUCCUCGCGUCCCUUUCAUUUAAGAAGGCUCUUGAUCCAUAGGUGCCGACUCUGUGGGUGCUCCAGGGCUGAAGCACCCACUUAAAAAAAUAGGGGUUGCCCAGCAGCUGCAGGGCCUGAUUAAUCUUUUGUGGGCCCUGGUGCCUGGACCAUGGCCCCACCUGUGCUCCACCCCCUGUUCCACCCUGAGGCCCCACCCUCACUUGGCCUCUCUCCCUCCACCCCCCUCCGAAGCCCUGCCUGCCGCUCGCACGGGAGGGAGGGGGUGGAGAGGAGCACCCACCCGCAAAACCAAAAGUCAGUGCCUGUGUUUUGAUCAACUCGCCACCCACUGCAGCUCCUUCGCGCCUCAGUGGAACCUGGAGCCAGUCCAUAGCAGGGGAGGAAGACGUGUGUGGCCACUAUCCGCCUGCGGGUUAUGCAGCGAGAUCCCAAGCCCUGCCUCUGACGCAGGCCAGCCCUCCUCUGAAAUGAUCUCCCCAGGCAUUGUCCCUUCCUCGAAGGGCGUGAAGAAGUCUUUCUGCAUGAGGGAAAAUCCCACAGGGCCUGCUGCCCUUUCCAAAGCUUGAAGCUGCAGGACAAUUGUUUAGGGUGAGGUUCCAGACAGGCUGGCAUUUGAAAUUCCAUCUGGGUCACUUUGCAGCUGGCAGCUAGCUCCAUGGGGAAGUAAACUUAUUUCAUCCGAACUUCAAUCCUCAGCCUACCAGGAACACAGAUCUGCCUAGAGUUUUCCCAUCCCCCACAUUCCUGUUACCUGGCUGGCCUCAGUGUUGCCAACUCUGGCUGUAUUUGGUGUUUUUCUUAAAGCUGCAGGUCCUGGACUCAGGUGACAAUGUCAGCUUUCAUUGAAGAGCAAAGUUUUUCCUACCUUCCUGGUUGUGGAGCAAACUUUGAACAUGUGACCUCUAAAGGCUCCAAGCGAAAAAAGCCCCACCCAAAAUUGUGUUUUAUAAAAACCUCAUGAUUUUUGAAUGCUCGGGGUUGGCAAUACUGAGAUGAGAUCUGGGAAGCCGACAGGCCAUGUGUUUUGAUUUUAAUUUCUUCAGUCUGCUGUUUCCUGAGCGUCCGUGCAAAACACACACGUGCACACAUGCAACAGAGCACAACAAGAAAACGAGGAGGGCAAGAGACGUCAAAGGGAACGGUAGCUCCCCUCUGUCUGAGCAGGGCAGGCUUUGCUUUGGGAUUUUUACCAUGAAAUAUUUUAAAAUCUUGAGCUGUGAGAUAUUUGUACAAAACUGUUUGACGUUUUUCUACAUGGGAAUAAUAUGGAAAGUAGAUGCAUUUUAUUGGUGUGUGUCUUGCUUUUAAAAAGAGGCUUUUUUGUCUUUUGGUUGGUGGGAGGGAAAGGGCCGUAGUUUCAAUCCAGUAAAAACAGAUCCCCCUUUCUUGGUUCUCGGCGUGAUCUCUAUAAAGGGAAGAAGUUGUCAAGCACAGUUUUGGGUUCCAAAAUUUAGAUUUCAACCUCCCCCCCCCCAAUAAAUAAAUAAAAAAGGCUUUUACAAAACUUAAGAGCAAUAGAUCUAUUUCUAUGGAGUUUAACAAUAUAAGUCUAAAGAAAAUAGCAUUUACAUUUAGAAUUUGGAAGUACUUUGGAAGUAGAAUUUGGAAGUAGACAUUUGAAAAUUUCUUUAAACAAAUAAAUCCCUCCCUUGAAGUGUUUGCAGCCCAAACACUGCAGGGCUGGGAACCCAGAAGUGAAACUGACUUCCUGAGUUGGCAAUGUUGAGACAGCGAGAACUGUAGACGGCCUACAGACUCAGAUGAUAUGGGAAAGAAUGGGAUGCUUCAAAUUGCCUUUGGAUACCAUGAUCCGAGAUGGUGUUAGUAGCCAAGAUUACAUUAUUAAUAGAGCUGGUUUUGUGAAAAAGUUUUGAAAUUGUUUUCUUUUUGCAAGGCUCAAAAUGAACCCAUUUAUUUUCACUAUUCCUCUCCCAGGCCCCUCAAUUUGUCUUUUUCAACAAACUCAUUUUUUCCCGUUCCCAUUGAAAAUGGCAGGGGGUGAGGAAAAGAAGGGGGACAAAAGAAAAGGAGAAAAGUAAAAGUAGAAAAAUGAUACAUUUCAAAUAAAACAUCCAUGAAAAGUUUCCAGAACAUACAGUUUUUGGACAUGCACAAAUUUUUGGGAUGCAGAACAAAUUGCGACUAGCUGUAAUACACAAACAUUGAAAGAUGGUGUUAUUGAUGAGUUGGUUCUUAGCCUUGCUCAGUUGCUCUAUUCCACCCUCCUCUCCUUAAACUACUAACCCGCUGCCUGCUGGAUUCAGUAGCUAGGAGCAUGCAAAGACAGACUGCUGGAGGCCUCGCUGCCCCAUCUACACUACGAAAAAUAAAAUAAUCAGGAGCCUGAUUUUCAAAGUAGUCCCCAAGCUCACCCACGCUCCAUGGAUUUCAGUUGAGUUGUGGGUGCUGAGAAUCUCAGACAAUUGGGCCCUACGGGCCAGGGCCCAGAUCCUCUAAAGUCUUUAGAUGUUUUUCUCUCAUUGAAAUCAAUGGGUGUUAGGCCCCUAAAUACCUUGGACAGUCUGGGCCCAGAUCCUCAGCUGGUGUCAAUGGUCAUAGUUCCAUGGAAGUCAAUAGACUGCUGACAGUUUUACACCAGCAGAGGAUUUGGCCCCUUGGGAAUGUCUACACUGUGAUUAAAAACCUGCAGCACCAAGUCUCAGAGCCCACCCCCCUCGCGGGGUCUCAGAGCUCGGGCUCCAGCCCUAAUGUUUACACUGCAAUUUUAUAGUACUGCAGCCCGACCUCCAUGAGCCUAAGUCAGCUGACUCAGGCCUGCUGCGGCCAUGUCGUGGGCCUUUUACUGCAGUGUAGACAGACUCGGUGUGUUUAAACUGUUAUGAAAUAUGAUUUGUUUCAGUGUGGAUUGGUUUUUUGCCUCUUUACACUGGGAUGGGGGGAAGGUUAAGGCCCCGGGUUCUUGUCUAGAUAUCUACCAGGGUUAGAACUGAGUUUCUUGCCCUGAUUAUAACUCUGGGGUUUUUCUGUGCCACGUGGGAAUGAAAAUACCAGUCAAGAUUUUCAAAAGUCACUUUGGGUGCCUCAGUUUUUAGAAUUGACCAGCUUUAGAGUCCUUUUAAAGGGGCCUGAUUUCCAGAGGGUGGGUUUUGAGCACUUCCAACCCCUUUAAGCUGUCUUGAAUUGGAGCCCCCCCAAAUCACCCUGUUUCCAACACACUUGGGCCCAAAUCAGACUUCCCAGCAGUGUUUUGAAACUUGGUUAUGUCUGUAGACAGGGCUUGCCGCACCCCGUCUGCUCCAAGGCAGAGUAGAUGUGUGCUGUUUAGGGUAUCGUCUGUUGGCAUGCCUGAACAAUCAGACCGUGCUUUCUCCCAAUUUGAAGCCAGCUGGGGUACUUAACUUCUGCUUCCGCUUGCACAUGGCUCAGAAGGGAAAAUGCAAUGGAGGGGGAUGAGGCAAACCUGGCGCUUUCUCAGUGGCUAAGUGAGCUGGGGUUGAGCAGGUCUCCUGCAUCUUCUGAUCCAGUAUUGCGUCCCUGACUCAAUGGAUACAUGACCGGGAAAUUAGAGCUUGCAGAGGUGUGAACUGCCUCGCCCAUCCAUGGGCCAUUAACUCUGAAGUAAAAAGAAAAGGAGUACUUGUGGCACCUUAGAGACUAACCAAUUUAUUUGAGCAUAAGCUUUCGUGAGCGACAGCUCACGAAAGCUUAUGCUCAAAUAAAUUGGUUAGUCUCUAAAGUGCCACAAGUACUCCUUUUCUUUUUGCGAAUACAGACUAACACGGCUGUUACUCUGAAACCUGUAUCUCUGAAGUGAUGACAUUCAGUGUAAGCAUCAGUGAACAAUGUCAGUGCUGGUUACUUGAGCUGCAGGAACAUCCAGCCACAAUGGGGUUGUGGGUGCAGGCUGAGCAAAGCCCCCACCACUCCUAUCCCACCCCUGUCCCACCACAGAAAUUGGGUGAGGGCUGGAGCUUUUGGGGAAUCACACUCUUCACAUGUUGUGGUCCAAAUGUGAGUUGCAUGCGAUGGGACAAUGGCUUGAACAGGGGCAGAUCCCCUUGGGCCCAGAUUCUCCCAGGCAUUUAGUAUCAAUGGAAGUUAGGCGCCUAAACAUGUGUGAGGAUCUGGGCCUUUCUCCAACUUUCACUUGGUAAGACCGUUCUCUCUAGUGCUUAGAGCAGAAACGCAGGGCUCAGGACUCCUGGGUUCUAUUCCCAGCUCUGCCGCAGAUGUGCGGUGUGACCUUGGGCAAGUCAUUUUUUUCUCUGUGCCUCAGUUUUCCCCAUCUGUCAAAUGGGGAUAAUAAUACUUAACCUACCUCACAGGGGUGUUGUGAGGCUUCCUUCAAUGUUUGCAAAGUGCUUUGAGAUCCUUGGAUGAAAGGUGCUAUGAAGUGAAAAGUAUUAUUAUUUUAUUUUUAAUAUUAAAUAACUUAUAACGAAGUGCGCGCGUGCCGUGGGCUGCAGGCGAUGUGAAGGCUGCAAUGAUGGACGCUUAGUGCAAGUGGCAUGUGACGCCAUUCGAAACCCUCGCCUUUCCAGCUGUGCAUCAUACUGGCUUCCUGGGUCUGGUGCUUCCCAGACAGCUGAGAAGCUGCAAUGGGACCGCCGCCCCCAGCAGCUCAGACCUGAUUCCCUAGCCCUGCCCCACUAGCUGCCUCUGGCAUCAUCCGCCCUGAGAGAAGCACCUCACUGAGCUUGCCUUCAGCGGGGGGGUGCUUCGUGUAAAUCUGGCCCCUCACUGUUCUCUCUCAAGGACCCUUUAUGCCCUAGUUGUUGGCAUCAGGGGAGGGGGUGGGUAUGUAAAUCAGCUCCCCAAAUUCUUGGGUUUUGCUCUUAUUUUUGGAUCAAACCAAAACCGCUCUUCCACCACCUCCAAUUGGGUUGUGUUCCCAGCCCCGCCUGGGAGAUCCUCUUGGCCCUGCUGGUGUGGCAUUUAAUGUGUGUUGUUGCUAACUGGUGAUCAGAGAGUUACUGGCACCAGUGAAACAUGCUGGGAACGCAGAUUUGGCUGGCUCUGUGUUGUCGCGACUCUGGCUGAGUUUUCUGUUCAUGGCUAGUUCUUUCCCUGCGCGCUGUGGAUUUGUUUUAGCCGAUCUCUAUCUCUGCAUCCUUUCUGCUGCUGCUCCUUACCUUUCCCUGGGUCCAUUAUUUUAGUGAUGUGUCAUAUGGAACACAAGCCCACCAUGCAAACGGUAAGUUCAGUAGUGGCUCUGAGCCAGAUCCUAGCCCUACAGAAAGACUGAUUGGAAGAGUAAAAGCCUGCAGUAGGUUUGCAUGACCAAGCAAUCGCUCCUUCCCCCGCCCUCAACCCUCUUUUGGGGCCUUGCUCUCCUACAGCCCAGAGAAGAUGAAGUGGUUUGGAUGGGAUGGUUGUUGUGACCCUGUGUAUUGAGUGAUCUUAUCCAGUUUGAUUGUUGUACUGUUUUUUUGUUGUUUUUUUUUAAUUAAUAAAAUGGUAUUUUAAACUUGG